CGCAGGCCGCUGCGCCCCGGCUGCAGCCGGGGGACCCCUGAGCCGGCGCCGGGCACUCAGAGUACCGCUGCUCUCCCCCGCGGUGGCCCGCUCCAGGGACCCGUGUUUCUCCCGGACGCCCCCACGACGCCCACCCUCGAAGGGGAUCCCUCCCCGACCCUCCGCCCGUGCGAGGACUCCGCGGUGCCGCCCGCUCACCCCCGCGUCCUCCCUCCCUCUCCGGCGACCUCCCGGGCCCGGGGGCCGCCCCGAGGAGCCGCGUGCUGCGGGCCGAGGAGGCCCCCCGCGCGGCGCUUCGGGAAUGACCAUGAAGCUGAAAGAACUGGAGCGACCAGCUGUCCAAGCGUGGAGCCCAGCCAGCCAGUACCCUGUGUAUCUGGCCACAGGGACAUCUGCCCAGCAGCUAGAUGCCUCCUUUAGCACAAAUGGUACCUUGGAAAUCUUUGAGGUCGAUUUCAGGGACCCUUCUUUGGACUUGAAAUGCAAAGGAGUCCUUUCUGCCUCCUGCAGGUUUCACAAGCUGGUGUGGGGGAGCUUUGGCAAUGGGCUUCUGGAAGGCUCCGGGGUUCUUGCCGGCGGCGGGGACAAUGGCACGCUGACUGUGUACCGCGUGGCCCACAUCCUGUCUGCCGGGAAGGAACCUGUCCUGGCCCAGACUCAGAAGCACACGGGGCCUGUCGGGGCCCUCGACUUUAACCCUUUCCAGGCCAACCUCCUGGCCUCGGGGGCCAAUGACUCUGAAAUCUUCAUUUGGGAUUUGAACCAUCUGAGCACACCAAUGACCCCAGGAUCGAAGUCUCAGCCCCCAGAAGACAUCAAGGCACUUUCCUGGAACCGGCAAGUUCAGCACAUUUUGUCUUCAGCCCACCCGAGUGGCAAGGCAGUGGUGUGGGACCUCCGGAAGAACGAACCGAUCAUCAAAGUCAGCGACCCCAGCAGCAGGAUGCGCUGCUCGGGCCUGGCCUGGCGCCCCGACGUCGCCACCCAGCUGGUGCUGUGCUCAGAAGACGACCGGCUGCCUGUGAUCCAGCUGUGGGACCUGCGCUUCGCCUCCUCGCCGCUGAAGGUGCUGGAGAGCCACAGCAGGGGGGUCCUGUCCGUGUCGUGGAGUCAGGCUGAUGCCGAGCUGCUGCUGAGUAGCGCCAAGGACAACCAGAUCCUGUGCUGGAACUUGGAGAGCGGUGACGUGGUCUACCGGCUGCCCACCCAGAGCAGCUGGUGCUUCGACGUGCAGUGGUGCCCUCGGGACCCUUCGGUGUUCUCCGCCGCCUCCUUCGAUGGCUGGAUCGCUCUGUGCUCUGUGAUGGGUCGGAGCUGGGAAGCCCAGCAGAUGAGUCGGGCAGAGCAGAUCUCCGCAUCCUUCGGUGAAGGCCGGCCUCUCCCCCCACUGCAGGUGCCAGAGCGGCUGGCCCCAGCGUCACUGAUCCCGCCCCUGAAGAAGGCCCCCAAGUGGAUGAGAAGGCCAGCAGGGGUUUCAUUUGCUUUUGGGGGGAAGCUGGUUACCUUUGGCCUCCCCAGCACCCCCGCCCCUCAGGGAGCGCAGCCUGGCCCCUGCCUCGUCUUCGUCAGCCAAGUCACCACGGAGCCCGAGUUUCUGCAGCGGGCCGCAGAGCUGCGCCAGGCGCUGGGGGCGGGAACCCUCCCAAGUUUCUGUCAGAACAAGAUCCAGCAGGCUCGCGGUCACGGCGAAAAGCUGCUCUGGCAGUUUCUGAAGGUGACCUCCGAGCGAGACGCCAAAGUGAAAUUCUUGAAGCUCUUAGGAUACAGUAAAGAGGAGCUACAGGAGAAGGUGACCACGUGGCUGAGGAGGGAUGUGCUGCCUGAAGAGAGCGCUGUGCCCGAGGGGGCUGCGCCUGAGGGGGCCACACCCACCAGCACCGGGCAACAGCUCUUCUGCAGACAGGCCCCCAGUCAGCCCUCAGAGGGAGUCUCUGCCUCCUCAGCCUUCUUUGACGAGCUGGUCCCUCAGAGUCUGACUCCCUGGGAGAUCCCCCUCACAGAAGACGCGGACGGGCUCCUGUGCCGGGCGCUCCUGCUCGGACAGCUGGAAGCCGCGGUGGAGCUGUGUCUGAAGGAAGAGCGCUUCGCCGAUGCCAUCCUGCUGGCCCAGGCCGGGAGCCCGGACCUGCUGAAGCGAACCCAGCAGCACUACUUGACCAAGAGGAGAACGAACGUCUCCUUGCUUCUGGCCUGUGUCGUGCAGAAAAAUUGGAAGUCCCUGGUAUGCACCUGCAGCCUGAAGAACUGGCGGGAGGCACUGGCCAUGCUGCUGACCUACUCAGUGCCAGAGGAGCUCCCGGGGCUCUGUGACAUGCUGGGCACGCGCCUGGAGCAGGAGGGCAGCGGGGCCCUGGCGGCCGACGCCAGGCUCUGUUAUGUGUGCUCCGGCAGUGUGGAGCGGCUGGUGGAGUGCUGGGCCAAGGGUGCGCCGGCACCGUCCCCCAUGGCUCUCCAGGACCUGAUGGAGAAGGUGAUGGUCCUCCAGAGGAGCCUGCAGCUGCUGCGGGGACCCGAGGCGGUGAGCCUGGGCCCUGCCACGACUUCCAGCAUCACACAGUACGCCAACUUCCUGGCAGCCCAAGGCAGCCUGGAUGCUGCCCUGAGCUACCUACCCAGAGACAGUGCUCAGCCACCAAUCCAGCAGCUGAGAGAUCGACUGUUUCAUGCCCAGGGUUCUGGUGUCUUGGGCCAACAGGCUCCCCCUUUCCCCUUCCCCCGAGUUGUUGUGGGGGCUCCCCCCCACCCUAAAGAUACAGCAUCCUACAGACCAGGCUUCCAGCCUUCUUACCAGGUUCCAGCUCCGCCUCCUCUUCCAAGGAUCUUUACCCCUCAGUCACCCCUAGUGAUGCCUUUCACACCUUCGGGCCCCAACCCUUAUCAGGGUCCCAGGAUGCAGAACAUAAGUGACUACAGAACCCCCGUGCCUGAGACCCCGCAGUCUUUGCCCCUGGGCCCUGGGGCAAGGCCUGCCUUCUCUCAGCCGCAGCCGCUCGGGGGACAAGAGGCCCAGGCUCCUCACCCGGGAGGGGUCACCAGCAGGUGGCCUCUGCCAGUGGCCCCUCCAGCCAUCCUGCAGCCUGGCCCCGCCUCCCUGGCGGAGACUCCCAUACUGUUCCCACCGCUUCCGGUGAGGCCACUGGGUCCCAGCCCUGUCAGCUCCCAGCCUGGGCCACAUCCCCCAGGAGGCCCCGCUGCUCCCGGCUUCAGCGUCCUCCCCACCGCGGGCAUCUCAGCUCCUCUACCAGGACCUCAAGAUUCCCUGAAAAAUGCCCCAGCUCCCAAGGGAAGCCUUUGGAGGAAUCAGUUGCCAGAGACGUUUGUGCCCCCAGCACCGAUCACUGCUCCAGUUCAGAGCCUUCCCCCCGAGCCCCAGGGGAGCCUCUCCUCACAGCGCCCCAUCCCUGGCGGGGGUCACACUCCCCCAGGCGCGCCCAGAGAACGCAGCCUGCAGCCACAGGCGCCCAAGAAGCCGGAGAAGAAGGAGCUGCCGGCCGAGCACCAGCCUUUGAAGACCAGCUUCGAGGCACUUCUGCAGCGCUGCUCCGCGUGUGCCACAGACUUGAAAACAAAGCGGAAGCUGGAGGAGGCCGCCCGGCGGCUGGAAGGUCUCUAUGAGAAGCUCUGUGAGGGGACGCUCUCGCCUCAGGUCCUGGCUGGGCUCCACGAGGUGGCCCGCUGUGUGGACGCUGGCAGCUUCGAGCAGGGCCUCGCCGUGCACGCCCAGGUGGUGGGCUGCAGCACCUUCAGCGAGGUGUCAGGCUUCAUGCCCAUCCUGAAGGCCGUCCUCACCAUCGCACACAAGCUGCGCCUCUGACUUCUCCUGGGCAGAGACCCUU